AUGGAGCUCUUCGAAACCAACCCUUAUUACUUUACAGACCAACGCUUUUUCGACAACGAAAGUGUGUUCCCCUCCCGUUUGCAAGGGUUUGAGCAGCCCGUAUACCAGGAGCGGCUGGGGACUGGUUUGUGCACCGAUGGCAGAUCACUGGAAGCCGGCUUGGAGGAGCACGUGUACCCGGUCUCGGAGAUCCAACAGCAACAACAGCAGCAGCAGCAACAGGGCUGCCCCGGCCAGUGCUUGCUGUGGGCGUGCAAAACCUGCAAGAGGAAAUCAGUGACCUUGGACAGGAGGAAGGCGGCUACCCUGAGGGAAAAGAGGAGGCUGAAGAAAGUGAACGAAGCUUUCGAGGCUCUGAAGCGCAGCACUUUGCUGAACCCCAACCAGAGACUGCCCAAGGUGGAGAUCCUCCGCAGCGCCAUCCAGUACAUCGAAAGACUCCAAGCUCUGCUCAGCACCUUGAACCAGCAGGACAAACUGCACUACAGUGGCAGCAGCACACGCCAAGUCGGCGUACCCAGCGAGUGUGGAUCAAACAGUGCCUCCUGCAGCCCCGAGUGGAGCAGCUCCUCUGAUCACUGCAACACCCCGUACAACAAUCCCAGGGAUCACCUGCUAUCUGUGAAUAAGGUCCAGUCAUCUGGAAGUACCAGCUUGUGUUCUCUCUCCUCCAUAGUAGACAGUAUCACACCAGAGGAUUCACCAAAUAGCUUCUUGGAGGACAACACCCCAAACUGA